AUGAUUCUUAUUCGUGGGAAUCAUUUUGUGAGACAUCUUUCGUUUUAUCGCUGCAAGUUAUGUAUGAUAAUAUAUGUGGUGGUAGCAGUUUUCUUCAUCAUAGAGAAUUUAUCGAAUCUUCCUCCUCGAGUCGUAUACACUUAUCCUGAUGAACUUACCGAUAAGGAGCUCUGUAGCCUGCCAGGAAGCAAAGUCUGUUGUCCGAAAAGUUAUGACCUUGAUCUAACCCAAUAUAGCUCAGAUACUCCCACAGAUUUUCUGAACUUGUUAUAUGUAGCUCAGCAUGUUUGUGAGGGGAGUUGGAAACCACAAUGUGUGUCUUCACAAAAAAUAGCUGUCAUUAUACCAUAUAGAGAACGAGAAAAGCACCUUAAGCUACUAUUACCAAGACUACAUGCUCUGUUGCUACGACAAAAUAUGCCGUAUUAUGUUUUUGUAAUUGAGCAGGCUGGGACCACUCCUUUUAAUCGUGGACUACUAUUUAAUGUUGGAGUUUUACAUGCAUUGGAUAUUGAUUCAGAUAUUAAUUGUUUCAUCUUUCAUGAUGUUGAUCUUUUACCUGAAAAAAGUGAAAAUUUUUAUAUUUGUGAUACAGAACUAAGACAUUUAUCACCUGCCGUUGAUGACUUACGAUAUCAUCCGCCGUUUGUAAACAGUGCAGGAGGUGUUGCAGCCAUGUCUAAAGAAAAUAUUUUUAAGAUCAAUGGAUUUCCAACACGUCAUUGGGGUUGGGGUAGUGAAGAUGAUGAAUUUUCAGCACGUGGUUUAAUAUAUAAUUUAAAAUUAACUAGACCACCAGAAUUUAUUGGACGUUAUAAAGCACCAAGACAUAAGAAAAAUUCUCUAUCUAUGAAACAUCAAAGUGAUUUUAUAAAAUUUCGUAAUUAUUUACAUGAUGGUUUAUCUAUUUUAAUGAAUAAAAAAUUUUAUCAUCAAUGGAAAUUACAAUCAAUUAAUAAAAAAAUUAAUAAAAUUUUAAUUCAUCAUAAAAUAGAAAAAUUUCAAAUUCCUUCAUAUUUAAAUGAAUGUACGCGCCAAAAUAUUUUUAAACAAUUAAAUAUUACGAAUUAUUCUUCAAUUGAAAUUAUUGAUAAUUUAAAUAAAAUUUCAUUAGAUAAUAUUCAAUUAUUAAAUUAUUUUUCACGUGAUGAUUUAUUUAUACAUUUUAUAUUUGAUCCAAUUGAUUUAUAUAAACAAUAUAAAAUUUUAUUAAAACCUAAAGGUAAUCAUACAGAUGAAUCUUUAUGGUGGUUUCUACAUUUCUAUGGAUGGAUAUAA